AUGACUGAUGCCCUGGAACCCUUCAGGGCCGCUGGCCCGCCGCCGUGCGUCGACCUCCAGGACCCCGGGGCCUUCAACUACGCGAUAAUCAUGAAGGUGGAGCUGGAGCACGGCGGCUGCACGACGGUGCUCAGCGAGUCGCCGGUGCAGGACCUGUUCUGGAGCGCGCGGCAGAUCACGGAGUGUAACCUGCGCACCGGGGAUAUCCUGGGCACGGGGACGGUGAGCGGAUCCACGGAGAAGAGCUAUGGCUUCUUGCUGGAGAUCACGCAGGGCGGGAAGGCUGGAGUGUGUGUGGGUGAAUUGAAGCCGGCGCGGGCGAUCCAAUAG